CGACUGCGCCGCCUAUGACUUUACGGAAGACUGCGCCCACCCCAGUGCCUGCACCAGUUACCAGUGCCUGCACCAGAACUAGUGCAGCACCCGCCGGAGGAGUACCUAGCACACCAGGUGUAGUUACUGGAAGUAGUAGUUCGGGAACCAAAAUAACUACCUAUACAGCUGACGCAGCAUCAAGAGACUCAUCAUCUACUUCCAGUUGUGCCACUACUCCUGCUGGUCCUUCUAGAAUGACGGCGACUGAAAGUGUUAACAGCUGCGUUCCUUGUCGUCCUCCUACUUCCACAGCUUCUCCUACCGAUGGACUCAAAGGCCUGGCAAAGAAUCCCGAUGAUCUUCAAACCCUAGAGCAAGUAGAGAAAGACUUGAUCGCAAAUAGUACACGGAGACAGAGCGCUAGUUGUAGGUAAGGCUCAACAAUAUACUUGAAUAUAUAUCAUUUCGACGACUCUGACCCAUUUUUCUCUGUAGUUUUCUCCUUAGAGGAUCAUGGGGAUGGGGAGAAAUGUAGGGAAGAAAUGAGAAUUGCUUUGAGCUCUAAGCCCGUGCAGCUUCGUCGGGGGUCAGGAAGCAAUCGACUUCGACUGGAGGCGCUGGCAAUUCACCACCUACGCCGACGACAGCUUGCUUUGGUGGAACAACUACAACAAUAACGAGUAACAACGAACAGAGGUCAUUAAAAACUGAACCUAGUAAACCUAAACCUCAAGUAGCUAUUUUAAGUUUAAGUGUCAAAGCUCCUUCUAAAACUGCAAGUCCAACACAAGUAGUUGACUCCCCGAUGAUGUCUGUGCAAUCGCCACUCCUUGCGCCAAGUAACGCCUCGCCGAAAAACAGGAAAGCACGUGGCUCGCCAACAGCUCCAAAGAACGCUCCUUCAUGUCCUCCCCAAAAAUCCGAGCACAUGAAUUUGAUGGAGAAUUUGCUGAGCGAGAUGCUGGGCGAAACCCUGCAGCAAGAAUUGAAGGAUUCGGUCAAUUUCGAUCGGGGUCCUCGUCCAGGAAGUGUAACCGCUACCAGCUCAGCUACCUCUUCAUCUGGUAGCCAAGUUGCAGGAGGGCCACAACCUCAAUCCACUCGACAAGGAACCGAAAAGGGUUGGAAUUUCAAGCCAACAGACUUUGGCUACUACCAAGAUGAAGAGUUGGCCGCGGGAGGUUGGCUGAGUACAACUAGCAGAAGUGGUCCUAGUUCACCUGCCCCGUUCAGCUCACACGUGGGUACUAGUGAAAAGGCAUUUUCCACCCCCACUAUUUUUAUGCCAAUCAGAAAAAGCUAAAGGUCAAAUCAUUACAAGGACGAUUGUCGAGUCGAUCAUUUUGUGCUAGUAGCUCUGGGCCCCCCUUACGUCAGUCUCAGCGAGUCAGCUAGUUGGUCACUUUUGGCCCUCUGGCCGUUGUUUUUUACCUACCCUCAGGACUAGCUUCUGCACAGGGCUAGCUUCUGCAAAAGACCCUGCUAGUUUCGCAUGAGUCCAUGGAGUGAGUGUCCCAAGCCCCUCUAACAACUAUUCAUCAGCGGACCGCUUCCAGGAGUCACUGGAUGAACAAGCCAGAGCUCUUCGGUGCAACACGGUGCAGGUGAUGCGGCGAGAGAGACAAGCGGUACGCUUGAGUGCGUUCGAUUUCAACAUGCUGCAGAUCGCUGAGUUGCAUCUGGCGAAGGUGCAACAGAUGUUACGGACAGAAAGUGCUUUUGAAGAUCCAUCAUUUGAGGAGUAAGACUGUAUUCUCGAACUCACAGUAGAACCUUCGUCUUGAUACCUUUUUUUUUCGGGCUAGUAACUAGAUAAUGUAUGAUAAGGAAAGUGAUACUAAAUUGAGAUAAGGGGUCCUGAGAUGAGGGGUCCUACUACUAUCAGAGAGAUGUGAAUCAAAGUAGGCACUGAAGAACAAGUUCAGUGACCGAGCUCUAAAAUCAAGGGCAGCUGACAAGGUAUCGGUAUCCGAGACAGCAGCAGCGACGUCCACUGCAUCUUCUAGGCGAUGUCUGAUGCAACGGACACUGAACGCCAUUGACAAGAAGACGGGCUCUGUUGCAGUCGUCGAGAAUUUUUUAUGGGCAGGCUAAGGGUGUUCCUGUUGCUGUUUGUUUUGCUUUUGCCUCUCUCCCUCCUAAGGGACGGGACAAGCAUAAAAACAAACGGGAAACAAACAAUCUUUAAGCUUUUUCUCUGCUGACGUGAUGCGACUCAAGAGCCAGCUGGUAUUGAUCAAUCCAGAAACUAAGGCCGCUGCCUCAGACUUCCCUCCACUUGUUGCAGGUGUUCCUUUUCGGACGCGGGUUGAACAGUUGAGUAGUGCCUCAACAUUCGGACACGCAGUAGGAGACGAAAAAGUUGGGAUGAACGGAGACGAUGAAACUACCUCCAUGCCGUCUGACGCAAGUAGAGACUCAAGUAGAACGGAGAGCCCAUCGACUGAAAAGAAUAUGUGGUCUCUGCCUGCUUCCGCGAAGUUGUACGGUCCUCGAUCCAUUGCUGCUAGUUUCCGCAAUCCCAAUGACGUGAUUGCAGCAUGGAAACGCCGAAAUGAGGUUGCUUCAAAAACUAGUUUUGGAGGACAGCUCCUGCAGUUUUGCGCCAUUAUGGAGUCUCGGCAACAUGAAAUACUACGGAGCCUCACAACUGGAGAAGAUCAGCAGUCUAGAACGAACACUGGAGGAGAUCAACUGAAAUCUACGCAUGGUUGCACUGAUUGAGAUUUGAGAACGAAGGCAAGUAGAUGUGUCGCCGCCAAGGGCGAGAAACAUCUACUUCUGGCGACGACAUUCCCUUGAUGUCCUCGAAAGUCUCAAUCAGUGGCGCCAUUCAUCGAAGAUCGGCUUCCUGGCUCCUCCUCAAGUGGGCCCCUUUCGGGGGAAGGGAGUUGCUCGGAGACCGUAAGCUCCGGACCUCUACUCCCUGUUCCUCUUUCUAGUAGAGGUCUAAACCUGCUAGAGAGCAGCGCCCCUCUGCCUCUCCGGAUACGGCAGUCGGUCUCUAUGAGUAUGAUGAUACUCCGAGAAGCUAGUGCCCACGUCGCGCGAUGCUUGGCGCGAAAAACGACCUUAAUGCUGCUCCUGGAUGACAUUGGGCUGGAACUUCACACGAUAAUAGGACAGCUAGCUAUUCAAUGGCCACAAGAAGAUGAUGCUGUGCAGCAAGCAAGAGACGCAGAGGACCAAGAAAGGGAAAAUCAUCAAGGACAAGAUGAUAGUGGAGAUCAAAAACCGCAGGUGGAAACUACCCACAGAGCGCAAGAACCACAGGUGGAAAACAACAAGGAGACUACUACAACUAUUAAGGCUCAACUUUCAAUGGUCACCAUUUAGAUUGGAGUCAACACUAAGAUCGAAGAGGCGACCUUCCCUGGAGAGUAGAACAGGGGAAAACGAAGGGAAAGGGGAGAGCUUUGAUGAAGGGGGCCUCUUUCGUCCAGAGUCAGUGGCCACUGAGUGCUGAGCUUUAAAACUAUGAGCCACGAACCUAGACGAGAUCCUGACCCUCGGCCUCUUCCUCGCUAUAACCAGCAUAACAAUUUGCCGCAGUUGAAGGACCCCCGUUCCCUGUUACACGAUUCUGGCAGUUCGCUGGCGUCUAGUGCCUCUUCAUCUCUUCUAGCAGAACAGUCUUCAUUUUUUUCUGUCGUAGAACCACAACCAUCCGAGGAGGAAAGCAAUUCCAACUUACAACGACUGUCGUCUUCAGCAAUACCAGAGACAGAGUCCGGUUCUAGUCUAGGAGAGACAGACCUUCUACAGGAGCCCUCGGCUAAAACUACAAGGCCUUCUCAGCUAAAAAAGUCUGCCUCAACAACAAAGCUAAAAAAGUCUGCAAGGCCUCUUCAGGGGAUGCUCGCAGAUUUGCUUCUACUAGUCAAUCGCCGUCGCACACGUGCAAAAGCUGCAACCAGACCUGCAGACACAUCACGAACAACUAAAAUUAUGGGUUGAAGCAUUUCGUUUUCAUUUCUACAAGCCUUCUUCACUUGUUAAUGUUGGCAUUGAGAAGUGAAUUGCUUCAGUGUUCAAGUAUAAAACACGCAUCGGAGUCGAAGUCGAUGGUGCUGGUUUAGAGGCAGCAGAGAGCGCAAAUGUACGAGGUGGACGAGUUCAAGAUAACUUCGUCUCUCCGAAACAACAGCGAAGUGGUGGACACCAUCAUGGAACAAGUGACAAGGACCAUCAAAUAGCAAGUGACAAGGACCAUCAAGGAACAAGUGACAAGGACCAUCAAGGAACAAGUGACAAUAGUAUUAACCUUCCCCCAAAGCCGAGAACAGAGGUUUCGGCACAACGAGUGAUCGCUUAUCGUCCUAGCGUCGCAAACCUCAACGAUUUAUACCAUUUCGUAGAGAAAUGGGGGAGCGUGAAAGUGAAUGGAGCAGAGGACGAGGAGGCUCGUAUGACACCGGAAGUAAGCCAAUUGCUUCGCCGUGCGCAUACGAGAUUCCUAGAGUUGUUUGAAGUGGAAAACGAGGUCACUAGGCUAACGCAGGAGCUAGACAAGUUAAGGGUUCUACUUUCCACACUAGAAAUUCGAACUCCCAAAAUACUAGUAACCAACAAGUAGACUUAUCAGAUACUAGUACAGAAGCACAAUAUCAAUAACCGAGUAUAAGUAUGAUUUCCAGGAUAAGAUUUUAAUUUUAGAUGCUCUUCAACUUCCUCUAAAGAACCACCUGGCAGAGGAAAAACGGCAGAAGGAGCAUCUUCGCAUUACAUGGGGAAAUCGUGUGGCUUACUUCCAGAAUGCAUUCAACUCUGCGAGCGAUGCUCUAGAUAUCCUUAUCGCCUUACGAAGACGCGUCUACCAAUUCGACUCUGAUCCGAAGGCGGCUGCUGAAGGCAUCUUAGCCUUAAGGAUCAAAAAUGUGGUUGGGCCUCUUGGAUCCGUAAAGAUUAUUAAGAUGAACUAGCGCCAACAUCAAUGGCUGUCAAGAUCCUGGGUCAUCAUCAUCAUCAUCAUCAUCAUCGUCAUCGCCAUCCGUCCCUCUUCUAAUAGCAACGUUCUUACAAGCGACGAAGAGCACCGUCCCUGCUCCUGCAGCACAUGAUACCCCUCAUAGUCAUGAUACAACUCGUCAUAGUCCGAGCCCUCCUACGACACGAACAAUUAUGCAGCCGAGCAAGACUGUUGCUGUUCCCGGUCACUCAUUAGCCGACGUCGUCUUCCUACUGUUUUUGCAAUACGCUACGAGUGGGAGCGACAUGUUUCCAACAUUCCAUCUUUUGGUCCGGUCUCAUAUGCACAGUCUGCGGCACGAAUUGUCGAGGACUUCGCGGAUAGAGUCACCAUCGCGAGGACAAGUGGAGGAUGAUCGCAGCCAUGGUCAUGGACAUUAAGGGUAAGUAGUUUAUCACUAUCCCAUGUGAUGAACUAUGCUGAGUGGAGUCCUCCUUGAUUUAACGGGGAAACUAAGACGAGGCAAAAAGGAGAACCCACCCGACGCGGGAUAGUGAAAAACUACCUUUAAGGACAGCGCGGAGCAGUCGAAGAAAAGCAGCCAGUUGAUGUUCUGCUUCGGUCGCACUUUCUUGUGGAGCAACAUCGUGAUCAUCAUGUUCGCAGGGAUGGCGGCAAAGAAGAUGCUCUACUAGGUGAAGGUGUUGAUCAUCAUUCGUCACUCGGGAGAACAAGCGUAAGCUCUGAUGCUAAUGCAGAAGUGGCAGCACUACCAGCGGUAGACACUAAGGCAAAUACUUCCUCGUCAUCAACUAAGAAAUCGAUCUUGGUCCCGUUUUUAAACGGGAAACGGGACGCAAGUUAUCUUGGUGCCGUUUUUAAAGGGGAAACGGGACCCAAGUUGCUGCCUGAGACUUUUUUUUGUCGGAAUUUUUUGUCUUUUUAGUUCUAAAUCAAGCACCUCACCGGUGGGCAGCCACAUGAGCAGAUUUAUCUUGCAUAACUUCCUAGGCUCCUUACGUUAAGGCUCGAUGCAAUUCAUACCCUUUGUGUGUGGUUUCCUCUGUGUCUGUGUGUGGUUUCCUUUUUUUUAGGAUCCUGAAGCUGAAGAAAAAAAUCUUGAAGGGAAGAAGUGAAUUGCGGUGAGCUCUAAUUAGAUUUUUCACUGCCAGCUGAACAGCGUAAACUCCGCAUGCAUUUCCUGAACAGCGACAGCGACAGUGAGAGUGCCUCAUUUGUGGAGCGGACGGUCAGCCUCGUCACAUCGGAACGGCAUUUAAGGUUUUCCUCUUAUAGUAAUCCUUGAUGUCCUCUUAAUAUGCUGUCCUCCAAGAUGUAGAUGAACAGGAAGAACAAGAAGGACCAAGCUGGGUCUCUCUCAGGAUGGAAGGUCCAAGAUGCGUGUUCUCUCAGGAGAACAAGAAGGACCAAGAUCCCUCUCCCCAGAAGCGUGAAUUCUAGAGUGAUGAGGAUCGGCGUGAGCUCUAAAUCAUUACACCAGCAUCGGCAGACUGGGCCUCUCUUCUGGUACUGCAAGUAGAUGGAGGGCCUCAACUACCUCCAUGGAAGUAGAUGAAGAUCAAAAUUCAACUACUGAAAACGCCACGACUCAUAUUGACUCGAACGCAACUAAGUCAGUCAACAAUAACGAAGUUCGUUUUUCUAGUCCUUCUACUUCCAGUCCUCCGAGUAGUGCGACUUCCAAUCCUCCGGAUGACAUCUUCCAUCAAGAGAAUGACAACGACAAGUUAUUUUUUCACAACAUGCGUCAAGACCUCAUCUCAUUCCUGAGCGACCUUUCGGGGAGCACGUUUCAAAAGACGAGUGUGAUCGGGCUUGACCUGACACCGAUGCUAAGGAUCGGCCUGAUGUGGCUGUCGUCGCACCGUCUAUUAAGGGUUGCAACUUGACCAAUCUCUGUCAUCUGAUGAACGCAUAUUAUAGUCUAUGACCUCCUUCCACUUCCUAUCAACAUCUGAAAGCAAACUAUAGUCUGACUAUGGUCUACAUAUCGCUAUCAUCUGGAAGCAUGCUGUGCAUAGUCUGACUAUGGUCUACAUAUCUUCUCUAUCAUCCGAAAGCAGCACUGACACUAUAGAGAAUAUCAAUACAUGCCCAGAAAGCGGGCCCAUCAAGGGCCCGCUGCGCUGGGCAUAGGUUAACAACUAGACAGGUUGACCACUAAGAGACAGAAAGACAAACGAAAAAAGUCGCCAAGUCUGCUCGCCAAGGCAGGGAAGCUGGCCCCCACUGUGGUGAGGCUAGUGAGGAGGCUACCGCUGUGGCUACUGCCUUGGCCAACUUGCUUGCUAGGGGCAAGCCAAUGGGCGCCAAGGCUGGCCCGCUGAGCGUCAUGGAGUCCAUGAGAAGGCCACGCUUGGACAUAUUUAGGCGCAGAGGUUGGGCCCUUUUGAGUGUGAUCAUGUCCAGGAGAAUCCUAAAGCAUAACAUACCCAUGGGAUGGCAAAGGGCUGACACUGGCGAGCGUCAUGGACGAGGCCCAUGAGAAAGCCACGCUUGGGCAUAUCUAUGCGCAGAGCCAGAAGCUGGGCCCCAACCUUCAGGCGCGGGGAUGUGUCUAUAAGCUUGGCUGUUUCAUGGACAUGACGCAAGACGCCCACCACGGUCCGCGCCUCAGACAUGCAAUGGCCCACAGUUAUCAUUCUCACGCACAGGCAUCGACGUCCUCAGCCUUCAGCCUUCACCGACGGAGGUGCAUGCGCCUGGCCUUCUCAUGGACAUGAUGACGCCCGCCAGGGUCCACCCUCAUCCACUUCCUCACAGGCAUCGACAUCCUCAACGGCUUCGACUUUCACAGGCAAAGCUGUAUACCUUUGGCCCUCUCAUGGAUAUGACGACGCUCACCAGGGUCCACCCUUCAGACACGCAAGUGCUCAAGGCUAUCACUCUCACAGACAUCGACACCCCCAACGGCUUCGACUUUCAAGCGCAAAGAUGUAUGCCUUUGGCUUUCUCAUGGGUAUGAUGAUGCUCACCAAAGUCCACCCUUCAGAACUGCAAGCGCUCACGGCUAUCGGUCUCACAGACAUCGACAUCCUCAACGGCUUCGACACUCAAGCGCAAAGACGUAGAUCUUUGGCCUUCUCAUGGAUGUGAUGACGCUCACCAGGGUCCACCCUUCAGAGAUGCAAGUGCUCACGGCUAUCAUUCUCACAGACAUCGACAUCCUCGACGGCUUCGACUUUCACACACAGAGAUGCACAUCUUUGGCCUUCUCAUGGAUAUGAUGACGCUCACCAGGGUCCACCCUUCAGACAUGCAAGGCCUCACGGCUAUCAUUCUCACAGACAUCGACAUCCUCAACGGCUUCGACCUUCAAGCACAGAGAUGCAUACCCUUGGCCUUCUCAUGGAUAUGACGACGCUCGCCAGGGUCCACCCUUCAGACAUGCAAGCCCUCACGGCUAUCAUUCUCACAGACAUCGACACCCUCAACGGCUUCGACUUUCACACACACAGAUGCACGCCUUUGGCCCUCUCGUUGAUAUGAUGACGCUCACCAAGGUCCACCCUUCAGACAUGCAAGACCUCACGGCUAACAUUCUCACAGACAUCGACAUCCUCAACGGCUUCGACUUUGAAGCACCGAGAUGCAUGCCUUUGGCUUUCUCAUGGAUAUGAUGACGCUCACCAGGGUCCACCCUUCAGACAUGCAAGCCCUCACGGCUAUCAUUCUCACAGACAUCGACAUCCUCAACGGCUUCGACUUUCACACACACAGAUGUACGUCCUUGGCCCUCUCGUUGAUAUGAUGACGCGCACCAAGGUCGACCCUUCGCUUCAGACAUGCAAGUCCUCAAGGCUAUCAUUCUCACAGACAUCGACAUCCUCAACGGCUUCGACUUUCAUACACAGAGAUGUAUACCUUUGGCCUUCUCAUGGAUAUGAUGUAUGACGCUCACCAGGGUCCACCCUUCAGACACGCAAGUCCUCACGGCUAUCAUUCUCACAGACAUCAACAUCCUCAACGGCUUCGACCUUCACGCGCAAAGUUGCACACCUUUGGCCUUCUCAUGGACAUGAUGACGCUCACCAGGGUCCACCCUUCAGACACGCAAGUGCUCACGGCUAUCAUUCUCACAGCCAUCGACAUCCCCAACGGCUGCGACUUUGAAGCGCCGAGGUGUAUGUCUUUGGCCUUCUCGCGCAUCAAUAUGAUCACGCUCGUCAGCCUCUACCCUUUCAAGUGCUCACCCUCUCCCUUACAAUUCUCCCGCUUUUGUGCUGGUUAGAAGUAGACUGGUCAACCAUCUCCAAGGGCUGCCGCGCGCUCCUGUGCCGUGGUCGAUUGCUGUGCGCGGAAGGUAGUCGCGGAAGGGGAGCGAGCUAACUUUUUUCCAAAAACUUCAGGGAGGUCGUUCAGUUUUCUCUGUAUUUGAAUGACCUCCCUGAAGUUUUUGAAAAAAAGUAAAGGCGCUGGGCGAUAUAUGACAAGAGUAGCGGCUGGCAGCUCGUUCGUUGGGGCGAUUCGCUAGGGGUGGGCGCGUAGUGUCUUGCUGCAGAUGUGGCUGGUGUACGUGAGUAGCCUACAAACUAACAGCCGCGAACACGUUAGCACGUUCGUGACACCUUUGAACUCGUAGCACUAGCAAGGGCCUUAAGGAGCCGCUGUUAUUAGCCUAAGUUUAUAACAGCUUGUCCUUAAGGAAGCUCCUUAAGGGAAUUUUUUCCCUCUUAAGGAAAGUUAUAAUAACUCUUUAUAAUAAAAAUUCUUUAAGGAAACUGAUUUCUUUAAGGAAGCUCCUUAAGGGAGCUCCUUAAGAGAUUUCUGGCAAUUGCUAAUACUAUAAAUACUAAUAUAGGUAGUCUUUUAAGAAGUUCAAUUUGCAAGGCACUAACUUUAGUCUCCACCCUAGAAGCGAUUGCACGCGCACAAGCAGGCGCAGCAGACGAGAAGACCUUGGCUUUUUUAUGGUGCAGUAAUCUUAGUCACGACUAAAAGCUUCUGGGUACUCGAAAACUGAAAGUAACCAAGUUAGUGACUGAAAUAAGGGGGGUAGCUUUGACAGGGCUACUCUUCCUUGUUCAGUAUCUUGCUUAUUUUAAGUAGUUUCUCGGUAGUUAUUUCAGUUAUUCGAAUAUAUACUGCACGAGAACUACUACGCAUACGGUGACGAGUGGUAAGGUAGUAUUCGUUUUUGCUUGGUUUGAGUCUCCUACUCCCUCAUUGUAUUCUCUAACCUUCCAAAGCUUCUCUCGUUCUCAUGACGAUAGAAACGGAGGGCUUUUUCAACUUUUGUUCGGUGAGCAGGUAGUAGCAACUUCUUCUGCAACUACUUCUACAAAGAGUACAACGGGAGCUAGUGCAUUAAGGCCAUGUUUGUAUCAUUAUCCCAUGUGGACGAGUAUGCUGAAUGGAGUCCCCCUGCUGGAUCAUUUAAGGGGGAAAGAAACUAAAAGGGAAAGGACACAUGGCAGCAUCUCACUCAAGAGCCAGGGAUAGCGAAAAACUAGCGCUAAGCAGAGGUGGAGUUAGUACUACUGCAGCUACUUCUACAAAGAGUACCACGAGAGUUAGUACAGCAGCACCAGGAGCAGUAGCGCCAGGAGCAGUAGCGCCAGGAGCAGUAGCACCAGGAGCAGCAAGAGCAUUACGAUCACCGCCACCACCACCGCCAAGUGCUGGCCCCUCCGAUCAAGUCGAAAAUCUUCGCCGUGGAGCCUACGAAGGCUCUGAACAUGACCAAGUCGAGAAAGAGAAAGAGAGUCUCCCUCUCAAGCGCGUGGUCUCGUUGGAGCCUGAUGUAGUGGAGUCGUCCAUUGGUAGGGUGCUGGAGACCCAACUUGCGGAAGAUGUCAAAACUCUGGUAGCCAUUUCUAUCGGAACCGAGUCGCCGGAAUUAGCAGAUAUGGUAUUGCUGUAAAAUAUAUUAUGGUGUUAUUAUAUGUGGAGAUUGAAUGUAGUUUAAUGUAGUCUCUACAGUGCUCGCGAUCGACCAUAUAAGGGGCACACACAUGACAUAAAUAGUGUAGUCUUGAAGACGUCUCUUGCAGGGCAUUGCUCUUGAAGACGUCUCUUGCAGGGCAUUGCUCUUAGUCUUACCGGUAGCAGAAUAACGAAAUAGUACCAAGAAUUACAAUAGCUCGUGCCUGGACCUUCGAUGAGUACAUGUUGAUACCACGCUAGCCACAAGCACAUCACAUACAGUUGCUUUAGUCUAUUUUUUACCCGUACUACGAUCCCUUUUCUACAAGGUAUACUUCUUGUAGAGGAAGAUGCAUAAAAUCUUUUUGUUCCUCUCUCACUGACACCUUUUUUUAUCCCAACACACCCAUCAUCUUCAUCAGGUCUUGCAAGAUCUUGAGGUAAAGUCGAUUAUUCAAGUCUUCCUGCGCAAGAUGCGCGAGGAGCGGGAGGAAGACAUGCUACCUUUUCUGAAGAUAGUGCAGGUUAAGGCUACAAGAACCAACACCGCAGCACCAUCUUGGUUGGUCCCCAGCAUUUGUCCUCCCGACUCAUCUUUCAAGUACUUAGACUUUUCAAGAGUUCUGAAAGACCACGUUUGUUCCACCUAGAAGGGCGCUCAGCUUUCGAGGAAUGGUUUUGUACUAUGACAAUGCUCGUCAUGUUGAUUAAAGUGAGAAGGGCCUUCGGUAGAGUGAGAGUUGAUAAACUCAAACUCUACGAAUUUUCCUCCAUAUGUUACAAUUAUAUACUGUUCCAGGUUUUUGCUUUUUCUAGUUAGGUCUGCUCUACCACAAAUUGUGGAUAAAAAAAGGGGAACCAAGAUGAGUCCGGAGGUGGAUCGCUCUUGGUUCUAAGCAGAACAACUUCCACAAGGAGCUCCAUCGCCUUUUUCCUCUCAUGGCCGCACCUGAACAGGUGGUCACGCCUGAAAGAGAGCGCCAAGGCUCACUUUUUAUGGAGAGGGUUUGCCAUUGAGAUAUCAUAUAUAAUUGUGGAUAAUUCAUUCAAAAUCUAUCAAGGUUAGUAGGUCCAAUCCGAAUCGACUAACGUCAUCAAUUGAUAGAAUACCGAUACACUCUAAUGAUGAUCAUCUCAAGCGAUAUGAUUUUGUCCUUGAUUAACUGCAAUAGCGAUCUAGUUCUAGGUGUAGUUCCUCUCUACUCCACCUCUAACUUAACAGUUUCGCUUAUCAUGAGUGGCACUGUGACAUCAGAAAAAGGUGGGAGGGAGAAGAUUGAUUGCUUAGAAUUCGCUUUCUAAGAUUGACGAUUCUGGCACGCAAAUUCCAGUGGCUUUGGCAUCGCCGUCUGCCUUUGCGCUUUUUCAUUUAUGGGUGGUUACUAGUAGUUUUAGUUUACCCUCAUUCAAUAGGGUAAGGGUUAUUAGUGUAGGUACGCUCUUCAUUCUAUUUACGGGUGGUUGCUGUGAUGCAGAAGUGUCUCUACCUUCGAUUCUUCUUUCUUAGGAUCAUCCUCCAGAUCCAGUGCUGCUAAGUGUCUCAAAGUACCACGACUAAGUGUCUCAAAGUACCACGACUAAGUGUCUCAAAGUACCACGACUAAGUGUCUCAAAGUACCAUCGAUCUUCUUCCAAAAGGAUAGAGGGUGAUCCUCUAUCUACUUUCUCUUCAUGUCAAUGGUCGUUUCGCUUCUACGUCAUCUCGAUGCGGGACACCCUGUUCGAUGGAACACGCGAAACAGUAGAAGACAUGAUUGACCGGGAGUCAUGAUUAAGAUAAUCUUCAUUGUCGUGGGUAGUUAACGAUAUUCACAAGCAAACUACUAAACUCCUACGCAGUACUAGUUGUAACCAAGCAACUACAACUAAACUCGAUCACGAUCGUACUCCGUAAUUCCUUCGAUCCCAACCGUUUUACUGAUAAGUUCUAACUAAAUAGUUCUACUUUUUAUUGAAGGUCAAACUGAAACUUGUAGAUGUAACAAGCACAGCACGACCAUCGAGCUCGAACAGAACGUGGAAACACAUCCUCACCGUAAUCUGCCAUAACCUGAGUGCCAGACUCCCACUUUGUAGUGUGUCGUCGUAUACUGUCUAUUGUAUUUCUCCUCAAUCCCGUGCACUGUGCUUGGCGAAGAGCCCUGAAUCAUAAACCAUGAAUAAUCUGCCACUUUGAUCAGACCCCUCAGACUCCCACUGCCCUGUAGUGCACUCUGUAGGGAACCUGCAAUAGUAACAUCUUCUCGAGAUGAAUACAGUUUUUCGACAUCGACUCUUACCUAUCGCUAUCAAAUUGAACAAACAAAAGUAGAGUACACUCUACUUUUGUUUGUUGAAUUGUAUAUCCUGUACUAUAUAAUCUCUAUUAUUCGAGAACAAAAUCAAAAGUAGAGCAGUACUACAUAUCAAUCUCUAUUCGAGAACAACAUCGUCUGUACUAAAAAAACUACUAGGUCGUGUUUGAUACUUGUUCUUGUACAUACACAGUUACUAAAUAUUCACCUCUAUCUAUGCUCGUCGGUCAUGAGCCCGCUGUUUGUCAAUGAGGACGGAAGAAUAAGGCAAUCAUGAGCUGUAGGGAGAAGCAGUAGUGUCUUAGUCUUUUUCGCCUUCAUUUUUUCUACAUAACUAAAUUUCUAGUACUGCAAAAUCGGGAACUUCUUUCCUAUUAUUUAUCUGUCGUCUGGGUCUGUUGAGCCGACUUUUUGUUCAAAAACACCACCUGCACGACUGCCUCUCACGCCUGUCAAAGAACCCUAAGCUCAACGUCUAGACUCUAAACCAUCAACUGUAUGAUCUCUGUAGAAGAACUUCUGUGUACUCUCUCUACAACUACAUGUCGAUCAUAUAUAUUUUUUUGAAUUUGAAAAGUACAGAUGAAAAACGAAAACCAUCCACGACUCGCCACUUUCAUCUGUGGGUGGGUGUGGGC